AGUUGUUUUCAACACUUCCAGCAGCAAUAGAUACACUUCUCUUUUCAUGGAGUACAAGGAAGACUUCGAGGUUGUGACCGCGGCGGACGGCACGAGUGCGCUGUCCGUCACCCUCGCCUGUGCCACCGUGAGGGAGCACUACGAUCGCACCACAACGGCGCACUCGAGCGUCGCCUCCGAUCCGGCGGAGGUGUGCAGCACGGGGUUGCGGGUGUAUGAAGGGGCGCAGGUGCUGGCCGCUUUCAUGUACCGCUACGGCGUAGCACUGCUUCCUCCUGUGUUGGGAGAAGAAGCUGUCACAACAUCACCCGAGAGCGGCGGCACGUCUGGAGCGCGGAACGUGUGUCCGCCUCCAUCGGCUUUUGUCGUUGAACUGGGCUGCGGCUGCGGGUUGGUGGGCUUCACGUUGGAUGCUGCUCUCCACACCAGAAUGGCCGCCGCGGCACAAGAGCACGCCUCGGCCCCGAUGAGAGACAGCUCUCCAUCGGCCUCGGUCUCUCUUAUCUUUACAGACGCCUCAGAGGACUGCUUAGCCCUGGUGCGGCGCAGUGGCCGGCUCGCUGGGCGACCAGUGCGCGACUUGGACGCCACACCUUCUGAUGCCCCACAGCAGCGACACGACUUCGCUUCUCCUACUGAUGUUCGUCUCUCGACUCUGCGUCUUACGUGGAGUGACGAGGGUGUGAAAGCAUUUCAAAAGAAACUUCCAGCCUCUACUGGCGCGCCCGUGCAGCUUGUUCUGGGGUCAGACCUCAUGUACUACCGCGUCGACGUGGAUGCCCUCGUGUACACGGCAAAGUCGUUGCUGCUGCUGCCCGCUGCGUGCCGGUUGCCUUCCCUCGCGCAGGCCACCGACGCAUCCAGCGGCUUCGUUGUGUUUGCGCAUUUCAUGCGCAUCCCAGAUGGGCAGCGCACGCUCGCCACCGUCGCGAGAGAGCGGCACGGCAUGGCGAUUGCCGCUAUUCCGCUGUCGGCGUUUGUCGAUACGUCGACGGUUCGUUUUCGCAGCUGGAGCGGAGUGGAACUCGUGCUCCUAGGCCUUCACUCGCCCAACGCUGUGGCGGCUCCAAGUGGAGGCAGCGGCAGCGGUAACAGUACGGCAGGGAGAGCGGCGGCGGCGGCGGAGGAUUUGAAUUAUCUGAAAGCGCUUCUCGAGGCCCGUGGGACGGCGUGGGAGAGGCGUUGUGCUACGGCGUCACGUCAAGCCCGUGCCCUCGCCGCGACUCUCCAGCCCUACCCCAGUUCUGUGCAGGCGACAAGCAGCGUUAACGGGGUGGGUGGUGACGCUGCAGCUGCGGACGCCGUCGAGGAAGCCGCCUUUCUUCAUCUUCUCCUCUAA